AUGGCUUCAACAACACAACAGAAGAAGGCGGUCCACUUCGGCGCCGGUAACAUCGGCCGUGGUUUCGUCGCUUGCUUUCUCCACAACUCCGGCUACGAAGUCGUCUUCGCCGAUGUCGCCGAUGCUCUUAUCAACAAGCUGAACGAGACUCCCUCAUAUCGCGUGAUUGAGGUCGGCGCUGAGGGUACAAACGAGAAUGUCAUCACAAACUACCGCGCCAUCAACUCAAAAACCCACGAGGCUGAGCUUGUUGAUGAGAUUGCCACCGCCGACGUCGUCACCUGUUCCGUCGGCCCGAACAUCCUGAAGUUCAUUGCCCCUGUCAUUGCUAAGGGUAUUGACAAGCGAUCUAGCGACCUGGCUCCUAUUGCAGUCAUUGCCUGCGAGAACGCCAUCGGUGCUACGGAUACCCUUGCCGAGCACAUCAAGGACCCUAGAAACACUGCGCCUCACCGUCUUGAGGAUUACGACACUCGUGCCCGCUUUGCCAACUCCGCGAUUGACCGUAUCGUCCCUGCCCAGGACCCCAAUGCUGGCCUGGAUGUUACGCUCGAGAAGUUCUACGAAUGGGUUGUCGACCGCACGCCCUUCGACCAAAUUCCCAGCAUUGAGGGCAUCAACUGGGUCGAUGAGCUUGCUCCCUUCAUCGAGCGCAAGCUGUACACUGUCAACACUGGUCACGCCACCGCUGCUUAUCACGGAUACAACCGUAGCAAGCGCACUGUCUACGAUGCUCUCCAGGACAAGGCUAUCAUGGCUGAGGUUCGCAAGGCUCUCGAGGAGACUAGCAACUUGAUCAUCAGCAAGCACGGCAUUGACGAGAAGGCCCAGCGCGAAUACGCUGCCAAGAUCAUCCGCCGCAUCGGCAACCCUCACCUUGAGGAUGCUGUUGAGCGUGUCGGCCGUGCCCCGCUCCGCAAGUUGAGCCGUAAGGAGCGCUUCAUCGGCCCCGCCGCUGAGCUUGCCGAGAAGGGCGAGGACUGCUCCGCCCUCCUCCGUGCGGCCGAGAUGGCCUUCCGCUUCCAGGAGGUUGAGGGCGAUGAUGAGAGCAAGGAGCUUGCCAAGAUCAUGUCCGAGAACGGUCCCGAGGAUGUUGUUACCAAGAUCUGUGGCAUUCAAUCUUCGGAGAAGAUUCACCCCAUGCUCGUGGACGUUGUCCGCAGAGUCCAGGCUGACAGCGAGGAAUGA